AUGAAUGGGACGGAGGGCCAGGACUUUUACAUCCCCAUGUCCAAUAAGACGGGCGUCGUCAGGAGUCCCUUUGAGUAUCCCCAGUAUUACCUGGCAGAGCCAUGGCAGUACUCGGUCCUCGCAGCAUACAUGUUCAUGCUCAUCAUGCUGGGAUUCCCCAUCAACUUCCUCACGCUGUACGUAACCAUCCAGCACAAGAAACUCCGCACCCCUCUCAACUACAUCCUCCUGAACCUGGCAUUUGCCAACCACUUCAUGGUGUUAGGCGGUUUCACCACAACCCUGUAUACUUCCCUGCAUGGCUACUUUGUCUUUGGACCUACAGGCUGCAACAUCGAAGGCUUCUUUGCCACACUGGGGGGUGAGAUUGCGCUCUGGUCUCUGGUGGUGUUGGCUAUCGAGCGGUAUAUCGUGGUCUGCAAGCCCAUGAGCAACUUCCGGUUUGGGGAGAACCAUGCCAUCAUGGGUGUGGCUUUCACCUGGAUCAUGGCCCUGGCCUGUGCCCUCCCCCCACUCGUUGGCUGGUCCAGAUAUAUCCCCGAGGGUAUGCAGUGUUCAUGUGGGAUUGACUACUACACUCUCAGACCUGAGGUCAACAACGAGUCCUUCGUCAUCUACAUGUUUGUGGUUCAUUUCACCAUCCCAAUGACAAUCAUUUUCUUCUGCUAUGGCCGCCUGGUCUUCACUGUCAAAGAGGCUGCAGCCCAGCAGCAGGAGUCCGCCACCACACAGAAAGCUGAGAAGGAAGUCACCCGCAUGGUGAUCAUCAUGGUCAUUGCUUUCCUGAUCUGCUGGGUGCCCUACGCCAGUGUGGCGUUCUACAUCUUCACUCACCAGGGAUCAAACUUCGGUCCCAUCUUCAUGACUGUCCCGGCUUUCUUUGCCAAGAGUUCUGCAAUCUACAACCCAGUCAUCUACAUUAUGAUGAACAAGCAGUUCCGGAACUGCAUGCUCACCACCAUCUGCUGCGGCAAGAACCCGCUGGGCGACGACGAGGCCUCGGCCACGGCUUCCAAGACCGAGCAGUCUUCCGUGUCCACCAGCCAGGUCUCUCCGGCAUAG